AUGCGAAUUCCCUAAGCUUACUAUGAAAGCAUGGUUAGAAGAUAUAAGAAGUCUAAGCAUGUCGAUUCAACUGAUUACUCUUGGAUUGAAACAACCAAGAAGCCUCUUGUAGAAAGAAUUUAAGAUUUUGCAUAAUGCAAACAAUUGUAGGAUCCCAUGUAUACACGCAUCAUCUGUGAAACAAUUGACACAAUAUUCGAAGCAGCAGUUGCUUUAUUUCAAGACCAAGACCAGACCCUCUGCAUUCAAUUGCUGGGUGAAUCCGAUUCUAUUUAAAUUUGGGAUUUGUGUUUAUUGUGUUGCGAUUACAUACUCAAGUCAACAAAUUCAAAAAUACUCGACAUGUUUUUUAGUUAUGAACAUAUUUUGACUCUAAUAUUUCACAAUCCAGAUUAUGAAAUAUAAAAAAUAUAUAAGUUGGUGCAAUGCAUGCAGUAUUUGAUUGAAUCAAUGAAUGCAUCUAAAGCCUGUAAAUUUAAAAUUGAAUAAUUUGAGAAAGUCUUUAUAAGAUUCAUGUAUAUUAGCGCAUUUUUGUAAAGGAAUAUCUACAAUUUGUCAGAUUAGGAAUAUCAGGAAUUAUUUUAAUAUUCUACUGACAAUUACAAUCUCAAAAUCACCAUCCCAAAUGAAGACAUGAAUAUUUAUCAAAGGUAUUUGGAGCUGAGCAACAUCAGAAAAAUACUCAAGUCUCCACCAGUAAUCUUAGACAUUCCCUUUGAUUGUACCAAAAAUCCAUUGGACCAAAGUUUAUAGAUUGCAGCUGAAAUUAAAGUCUAAAAAGAUAGUAUACUAUUUGAUUAGAUCUUCAUCCGAUUACUUUGUCAAUAUUCUAUUGAUGAAAAAUUGCUGCAAAAGAUGUUCUUAAGAAAUUUCAUAUUUCAUUUUAAAUGCACUUUCUCAGAAUUGCAGUUAAUCAAUCCCAAAUUUAUGACAGACAUCACCAAUAGGUUGAUAGAUCAAAAGGAUUUCCUAUUUUUAUUAAUAAGGAAGAUUGCUAGCGAAAAGGAUUUAUUUUUAGAAGAUACCUUGGUGGAGAGUUACAAAUUUAUUAAAUCAAAGCAAAUUUAAUUAUAUGAGCAUAACACAUUCUUGGAUAAAUUAUGGUUAUUUGAAUUAUAAGGAAUACAAGACACUUUAAAUUGGUGGAAGAAAGAAUUCAAAAUCACUGAAGGGAAUUUCUAUGAUAGUAAGAUGGAAUUAAAUGAUAAAUUAAAAUAAUUGUUCUUUUAAUAAUUGUGUGAUCAACAAUUUACAUAGAUGUUUAAAAAAUAACCAAACUAUACAUAAUGGAAUUUCAUCAUUAUUCAAAUCAUAAGAAAAUCAUUAGUAUAAGAUGAUGGAACCAAAUUGCCAUAUUACAUCUUAAAUCCAAUCUUAACCUAUUCUGUCAAUCUGAUCACUGAAUUGCCUGCCAAUAACCAAAACCAGCAAUUGGAUUAUCAAUUAGAAAGUCAGAUAAUUUAGGGAUUAAUGGAGAUCCUUAAGAAUUGUAUUAAGAAGCCCCAAAUUCAAUUAUAAAUCAGAGCAAUUCAAUUAUUAAAUCAAUUGGUGACAUACUAUAAACAAGAAUUUGAUUAAGUGUAGAUUCAAAAUGCAUAGUCCGAAUUCCUGAUACCAGUUCCUGAACGAUAUCACAAAUUAUUAACUGAAAUCUGGUCAAACAAAAUUUUAGAAGGUACUCUACUUGCAGCUCAAGAACUCAAUGAAACAUUAUACACCUAUUUGAUUACAUUAUUAGCUAUAACAAUGGGAGAGAAUCCUGCCAGAGUAAGAUAAUUCUGUGAAAAUAAUAGUUUGUAACUUCUGAUCGACAAAAUUUUUGAAUUAUUGAAGAUAUGCUCAAGAGCAUCCCCAUUAAUAGUAACAAUUAUAAAUUUGUUGAUUGCAAUCAGUACUAAUGAAUAAGCAAUUUCAUUAACUUAAUAAUCGAAUAAUAGUGGAGAUAAAUAAGAAAAAGAUAAUUUGAUUAAGAGGAUAUUUAUCAAGUGUUAUUUGCCUUCAGUCGAGUUAAUAAAUGACCCAACAGUGAGUGAUGAUUUUGCCAAGAAGAUUAUUAUGCUGUAUAGUCAAAGCAUGUUGGCAAAAAAGUAAAUAGAGAAGGUGAUAGAGAACACAUUUGUUCAGAUAUCAUCAUUGGUGGAUUUGAGUAAAGAUAAGAUAGAGGAAAUUGUGAGUAAUUAAGAUAAGCUACAAUCCUUUUAUAGUUCUUCAAAAAGCUUGUAGGCAUUAUUACAGUUGUUCAUGCAAUUACAACCAGAGAGGAAAUCUUCAUAUCGAUCAUUCCAAGGAUAUGAAGAAUUACAACUAGAGGAAGCUUAGAGAUAAAAGGAUAUAUUGUUCAACUCUCUUUUGAAGAAUUAAAAAUUCGUAGAAGCCUUGGAGAAGAUAAUUAUGAGUCCAAUUCUGAUAGGUAGUAAAAAUAAGGAUACCUAUGUUGAACACUACGUUGGCAUUUUGUGUAAGAAAAAUAAGUUGAAUCCUUAUACUUCUUUAUGGAAGGAAUUGGAUUUAAUCUCUUAAAACUAUAUGGUAAUAGGUGACUAGAAGAUAAUCGAUAUUGGGAAAUUAGUGGAUUAUGAUGCCUUAUCCAUCCAUAUGAGUGACAAAUACUUUUUUAGAAAAAUCAUCAAACACAUAUCUCCUUAAACUUACAGAGGAUUCUACAUAUUGAGUCGUUUCCACUUGAUACAUUAUUUGAUUAAGAUGUGUGUGAAUUAGGGUGUGGGAUAAAAUUAAGAUGCCCAUCUAAUGAUUUCAUAAUUGUUAGAAAUCUAUUUUCUAUCCUCACAACAUGCUGGUUUCCAUGAAUCUAUUAUGAUGUUUAUGUCAGCUAAAUAAUAGGUCCAGAAACAUCAGACUAGUUAUGAUGAGGACUCUUAAAUAAGGAGAAGAAUUAGUAAGGAUAAUUUGAUUCCAUUGCAAUCAUCCUGUUUGGAUUUGAUAAGCAAAUUGUAAUAGCAUGCAGAACAAAAGGAUUUUGUGGUCAAGAAAUAUGGGGAAAUAACUUAGUUGUUCUUUUAGAAUUUCUCAGAAAAGUGUCAAUAACUUAAACAAGCUCAAGGAAUUUAAAUUGUUUCAAUUGUAACUUAUUUGUAAGAUAUGUUAAAAUCAUUCAAAUUCCUCUAGAAUUUGUUUUUGAGUUUAGAACAACAGUACUAACCAUUACAAUUUGCUGUAAUCUGUUUCCAAAAUAGCAAUUUCUUUUUGUCUUUGGUUGAGAUUCUAUAACAUUUGGAUAAGAUCUAAAGACAGUAAUAAUUUAACGGAACAAAAGAAUAAGAAAUUAUUAGAAAGAUUUUACCUGGAUUUAUAGAAGCCAUACAUCAACACAUAGAUAACAUUAUCAAACUAUUGAUUUUUAAGAAGAUUUCAAUCGAUAAGAUACAAUUGUCAGAUUAAUUAAUUCAGGAUCCCUAAUAAUUGGAUAUUGUAUGCAAUGAAAUCUUUGUAGCUUAGGCAUCAAUAGUCAAUUAAAUGAUUGAUCUUCUUCUUUACAAUAAUUGCGAAGGUAGUUUAAAGACGCUGUUGGAACAACUAAUAUAGAGAUUUUAUUCAAUCAAAGAUCUAUAAGUUUAGGAUAUGAGAAAGAUAGCUGGAACUGAGACAAAAGAAUAAAUAAUUGGAAAUAAGGAUAUUAAUACAAUUUUAUCUGGUACUGAUGGAAGACAAGAAUAGAAAAAAUCUUUGUUUGAUCGACCUGAAAUCAAGGCCAUGAUCGAUGACAUUUGUGAUAUGGGAUUCAAAUAACAAUUAAUCAAGAAAGCUAUUCAAAGGAUUGAAAUUCCUGAACCUACUAUGAUCAUUGAUAUGUUGAUCAAUGAGAGAAUAUCUGAUGAUGAAGAAGAGCAAGAAGAUCCUUUUGAAUUAGUGAAGAAUGCAGAGUAAAAUCAAUAGGUUUAAGACUAAUAAGAUCAAUAAUAAUAAAAUGUAGAAACUGAAACACAAAAAGAACAGAAGGAAAUCUAGGCUUUGGAUUAAGAAUAAUUUAUGAAAAUUUUAAUAUAAAAUUUCCCAUUAGCAAAUACCUAAUUAAAUAUAACAGAAAGGUUUUUGGGAUUCAUUGGUGAUUUCUAAUCAAAAUUAGAUUAAAAUCUUAGUAAACUAUUAGAUUAAAAUUUACAUAAUCAAAAAUCAAGUGGCAAUUUGUUGGAAUAUCUAUUUACAAUUGCCAAGAGGUCAUAACAUAUAAAUAAGAUUAUUGAGUAUAUUUUUAUGAUCUUGAAUCCCUUAAAAUAAGAUAAAUCUUCUUAAGAUUUAAAUGCUACCAUGAUUCAAUAUUAGAAAGCAUUACAAUGGCUCAAUUUAUUGCAAUAGAUCGCUCCUCAAGAACAUGAAAAACUAUAUUCGAAUUUGGCUUUAAUAGAUCAAGAACCAUAAUCAAAGUAUGUGCUCCAAUUUCAAUCUAUGAUUACAAUUGGUUUUGCAUUAUCAAAUGAUAUCUUCGAUUAGUUUAAAAAGAUUGGAAAAUUAGAGUUGGACCAAUUGAAACAACUUAAAAUUUCAGAAAUGACCUAUACAGAAAUCUAUCAACAAGCACAAACAAUAACUAAUAAUCUUAAUAUGCUAUUUGAAACCAAGCAAACCACAUUAAAAUUAUUCUGUAAAGAAUUGUUAGAAGCACAAAAGUACCUUACCAAGUUUUUCUUGAAUCUGCAAAAUAAGCAUGACUAAUUAAUUGAGAGAUAUUGGAAUCAAAUACUUAUAUAUCUAGAAUUUUUAAUUUAAGUUUGCACAAACAAUCUAGAAUUAUAGGAAUACUCAUAAUAAACUUAGAACUUCCUUGAUGAAUUAGAAACAAUAAUUAGCAAUAAUUAAUAAUUAAAAUAAUAAAGAGAUUAAUCUCAAAAUAACAUUUAAUUAAGAUAACUCAUUUAAAGAAGAUUCAAUUCUGAUAAACAAUUGAUCACAUUAUUAUUACAAUGCUUAAAUAAUUUUGGAUUGCAUAAUCAAGGCAAAUUGUUCAGCAUGUUAACCAAAAAGUAAACAAAUUAAAAAUAAUCGUUAUUGGACACUCUACUAUAAUUGAAAUUUUAUAGCAGUCAUUUAGAAUAUGAGGAAUCUCAACCAGUGUUUCUUGAAAACUUAAUCUAUCUAGUCGCGAUUGAUAGCAAAACUACUAAUGAUUUAGUUUUCUAAAUUUUGAAAUAAGUUAUGCUCAACGAACAUAUCGAUUGGCAUGCUCAAUAAUUAAAAAAUACAGAAGAUCUCAGCUAAAUACAAUUCCCUUAAAAAUUUAUUGAAUGUCCAUUAUAAUAUUUAUUAUAAUUCCAUCCUGUUUUAAUUAAUAACCCAAUAGUCUAUAAUAUGAUAAUAGAGCAAUAAGGUUUAUCAAUUACUGACAAAUUUUCAGAAUUACAAAGAAUUCAUGCUCCAAAAUAGUCAUUGCCUUAACCUACAGGGAAAUUAACAAAAGAACAAGAGAGAUUAUUGAAGGAAAGAGAAAAAGAAUUAUAAGCUUAACCUUAGACUGACAUUAUCAUUAGAUACGAGGUCGAAUAAUUGAUAGAGCCAUAAUUGAACGAACACUUCAUUGAUUUAGUCAAUAUUAUUGCUUAAACAACAAUAGAUAGAUUUUUUGAAGAGAAUUGUAUUUUGAUAGAAUAGAUAUUCAAAAUCUAAUGUAAUCAAUACAAGGACGACAAUAGGAUUUAUCUUUAUGGCUGGGAUCAACUAUUGAGAAUAAUUGAAAUGCUCAUUAUUAAGAUUCCUUAAUUGGUAUUAUAUCUAAGACAAUAUUAAUUUGUUCUACCGUCUAACUCAAAAACUGAUUAGAAAAAGAUCACUUUCAUAGAAUUUGUAAUCAAAUAUUUGACAUGGGUGGGAGGAGAUAAAUUGGCUAACUUUAUGCACAACUACAUCAGUGACAUAAACUUGUUGUCUAUUGGAUAUGGAGUCACUAUUGCAUAAGAGGUUUUACAACUAUUAUUGAAUGAAUUGUAAAUAGACAUCAAUUAGGAAUAGAUGAUAUAGAAAUAUUAUCACAUUUUAUAACUAUUAACCUUAUUCACCUAGACUUUAACCAUGUAGAAUUGCUGCAUGAUCUUAACAGAUCAACGAUCAUAAUUAAACAUAAUUCCUUAAUUGAUUGACACCUUGAAUAAAAUUAAAAAUUGUGAAAACAAGUAAUUUGUUAAGACAUAUCAACAGACCAUAGCCAAAGCAUUGGAACCAUUUUUGUAAUCAUAAAUAUACUAUGAUCACAUUCAAUAUGGUAGAUAUGGUGAAGUGUUCAGAUUGCAAUAGAGUAUUACUGACAAUCCAUUCAAAUAUCAUUAUUUGCAUUGUCUAAAAAAUCAAUUGAUUUGUUAUUCUUUGUAUCCCGGUUUUAAGAGUACCAUAGGAUCAGCAUAGCAUUUCAUUUCUCAUUAGCAAGUUCAAUAAACUUUGAAAGAUGAACACCAAUAAGAAUUAGUUUGGCCUCUUUAUUAAUCGAGGAAAAACUAUAAUAAUCAAAGAUAGAAUAACUAGAAGUAAUAAGAAGAAGACUUGAGUGAUUCAGAUUCAGAUUAAGAUAUUCUUUAAGUAGAUAAUAAUUAAAUCAAAUACAAAGCUAACUAUUCGAAUAUUAAUUCCUGGGGUUCUGAUUACUAUUAUUAUGACAAUAAUGAUUUCAUGUCUAAAUACAGCAUGAAUCGAGAUGAUGACAGGGUUUAACGUGAAAAUCAAUAAAACAUUUUCCCAUAAAAAGACCUUAAUAUCUUAUUUUGUAAAGUUGAUCCACAGACUAUUACUUUUAAUUUACCCCCCUUAUAAAUCACAAAAGCAAGCAUCUAAUAUAAUUCCAGCGAUUAUAAAUAGUGGAUCACCUCUAUUGUAGGAUUGUACUAUAGCUCUAAUGAAUAUUUUGAAAAUAAGAAGUCUUUGAUUUCUAAAUCUUAUGAAAAUCAACUUAAAAUCACAGUGGAAAAUAUUAAUUAGAUCAAUAGGAUUUUAUUGUCCUCAAAUUAUUAUAGAAAUAGAUCAAAUGAUUUUAUGCAAUAAUAUCUCUCAUACUAUUUGAAUGGAACACUCAAUAACCUGUAAGUCUAGGCAAGUAUUUGCUUCUAUUCUAAAUUUGGUUAGCCUCCUAAUUAAUUAUAAUAAGAUUACCAAGCAAAUUCAUUGUCAAUUAAUAUCAAUGAAUCAAAAUAACAAUAACACAGAAUUUUAUGUUAAAUAUCAUGCAAUAUUCUCCAAAGCAGAGUAGUUUUGAAUGGAAUGCCAAAUGAUUUACAAGAUUAAAACUUACUCAAAGCCAAACUAUCAAGUUUAUUACAUCCUGAAGAACAUCUUAUAAUUCAACCAAUUAUCUUGUAAAUUCCAAAAAGAUAAUUUGCUUAACCUGAUCCAUAGCAACUAUUCACCUAUGAUAAUUUGGUUCUUGAAAUUUUCAUAAAUCUACUCUUAGAUGCAAAUAAUUUCCCUCAGUUUCCCUUUAACUUAUUCAGAUAGAUUUGUAAAUGUCCCCGACUUGGAUUUAAAUUAUUAAUUUAGCUAUUACUAUUAUUUUAGGAACAAAAACACAAUUUAGAUUUAACUUUGAGAAUCUUGUAUCUUGUAAGUCAAAAAAUCCCUUCCACUAUUCUUAGAGAUUUGUUAUCUGAAUAAUUAUAGGUGAGUCCCAUCUUGAAUAGAAGAGAAAAAGCUAAUCUGGCCAAGGUCUAAGAAAUUAAAGAACAAUUUGUGAUUGAGGAAGAAGAAAAUGUAGAUGAAUAACCUCAAGAUGAGGAUCCUGAGAAUCCUUUAGUCUUCUUAAUUAACUAACUCAACACCUAUUGUGAGAAAAAUAUUUCAUUUAUGAAACUAUUUCAUAAUCCAGAAUCUUAUAUACCUUUAGAAAAAAACAUACUCUUGACACCAUUAUUAGCUAGCUAAACUGGAAUGCAUUUGUCUUACUUGCUAUAAAUCAUCAGAGGUUCAUUAAUAGUGAUUACUGAAGAUCCCAAGGAUAAGAAUAGAAAGCAUGAUGAAGAUUAUUUAUCAAAAAUAUAGAGAAGAUAAGCCACAAUCUUUACAAAUAAUAACCAAGAUGAACCCAAUCAUAAAUUAUUUGAUCUUGUCUCUUAACUCAAUAAACAUGAGUAAGACGUAAAUUUUGAAGAAAUGAUCUUCAAAACAUUUGGAGAUAGAUAUUCUGAUAACUAAUAUGAUUAAUGGGAGCCAAUAUCUUACUUUAGUAAAUAGCCUUUUUCAUUUAGAUAACAUGAACUAUAAUAAUAACAAUAAUAAUAAUAAUAAUAAUAAUAAUAAUAAUAAUAAUAAUAAUAAUAAUAAUAAUAAUAAUAAUAAUAAUAAUAAUAACAAUAAUAUUAACAAUAAUUAUAACAAUAGUAAUAAUAAUAAUAGUAAAGAUUUAUUCUAUAAAAUACAUCUAUAUUUUCAAUGCCACAACCUCCCUAACCUUUACUACCUUAAACACUCCCUUAAAAUCAUCCUCCGAUACCCUCUAUAUCAAUACUUUAAUAACAACAAUAAUCAUUAUAAUAAUUCUAAUAAUAACGUCAAAAUUAAUCAUAAAUUUUGCAAUAAUCAGGAGCAUAACAAGUUAGACAAUUUUAUGAUAAGUUCUUUAAAAUGAAUGAAAAUUAAUAGGAUUAAUCUUAAUCAUAUUAAUAAUACCUUAAACAGUUUUACGAUAAUAUUAUAUAAUCAAGACAGUAAUAAUAAAAUCAGCAGUAAUAAGAAUAACAAUAGAAUCAGAAUCAAUAAUAAAAUUUGAUACAAGAAUAGCAGCCAUAAUAAGCUGAAGAAAAAUUCUUAAAUAAUAUUGAGGAGUUAGAUGAAUCAGACUCGAAAUAAUAAAAAAGAGAGAGAAAAGUGAGUGCAAAGAUAUCACAUGUAGAAAUCGAUAUAAUUACCGCAUUGUGCAAAAUUCUGAAUAACCAUUUACUUAGAGAUUGCAAUUCUACUGAAAUUAUUAACAUACUUAAUACAUAUGCAAAUGAUAGAUUAAAAAUAGAACAUGCUAUAAAUGAAUUGACAAAAUAUAUAAUAUAGCAAUCAAAGAUAUUCAAUUAUGAGUUGGAUAGAAAAAGAAAAUAACUUAGAGAAAUCACAAGCUAAUUAGAAAAGGUGGCCGAGCAUGGUCCUGAAAGAUAAUAGUAGUUGUCUCAAUAAGAAAAUGAAAUAAUCAGAGAACUUAAUUAAAAAACACCAGAUCCUAGUAUCAUUCAAAGAUGUUUUAUAGCAAUAACAGGGUUUUUGAAUAUUAGCUUAAGUAUAUCAGAUUAAUAAAAAUAAUCUGCAAAUAAACCAAGUUCAUAAUAAACUAGAUAACAAAUUUAAUUAGAUAAAAAGAAAUAUAAAUUGCAUUAACAAGGUAAAAAUGUAGAUGACUCAUAAGAAGUUGACAUUUUAUCUAAGAAAGAUAUUAGAAAAUAAUUCAUUAAUAUAUUGUAAACAAGAUAAACUCAUCAUUUGUGGCUUAACGUAGUGGAAACAUUAUUAUUGAUUUUCAAUUGUAAAGGUCAGAGAUCAUUAGAAUUGUUAUAGAAAAAACUUUACCCUCUUUUAGAGUGUUUCUUAAGGCUUUACUAAAAUGUACAUGACGAUUCAAAUAAUUCAGAUUCCCUUAUUUCAGGUUCUUCUGAUCCUAACUUUUUUGAGCGAAAUGCAAGUGGAUCUGCCACUAACUCAUUGUAAUUUGGCUUAUUAUAAACUCAGAACAUUCAUUUGAAGCGUUCAUUUUCUGCAGUAAGAAAUGAAAACGAAAUGUAAAUGAAAAUAGAUGAACUAUUCACUUAUCUUUGUAUUAAUGGUAAACGACUCAUUAAUCAUUUGAUUUCAUAAAGGCUUCAGUAGGUUACUAUAGACCACAAGUAAAAUUAGAAUUCAAAUCUCAUCAAAUUAUUCAAAGAGACAGAUCCUUUGGCUUUUGUUUUCUUUAAAAUGAGUCAAAUAAUUUCUUUCGAGAAUAAAAAGCACUUAUUUGAAUUAGAUUUAGAGGCUUUGAAAAUAAGUGAAAAAUCAAAUACUCGAUCAAGAGGUAGAUAAAAUGAAACUAUUGAAAUAAAUGUUGUUAGAGAAACAAGGCUAUAACAAUCGUUGGAAAAGGUUAUUAAUAUUGAUAAGGCGAAGUUUAGAAAAUGCGAUAUUAAAAUAAGAUAUCAAGGAGAAAAAGGUUAGGAUGAAGGUGGCAUUAGAAAGGAGUGGAUGACUAAUCUUGUUAAAGAUAUCCUUUAAACAGAUAAAUUCGAAUUAACACCUAAAAGAUUUUACAAAAUUAAUCCAAAUAAAAAAGCAUAAGAGGAUUUGAAUCAUUAUAAACUAUUAGGCAAAAUAGUUGCUAAAAGUAUUUACGAUGGAUUGCUUUUACCUGUUUAUUUCAUCUCCCCUAUUUUUAAAUAAAUUCUUUAGAAAAAGCCUAGCUUUGAUGAUCUUGAGCAUUAUAAUGAAGGAUAUUAUGACACCUUUAUAAAAUUCUUAAAUGAUGAAACAUAAGUUCAAUAUAAAGAUUUAUUUGAAUUUUGGAUUCCAGAAGAAUAUGCAAGUCUAAUAGAAUAAAACAAAAAACUUAUCUUUGCUGAUCUACUUUAAGACUAUAUAGAAAAGAACCCUAUUGAGAUAAAAUAAGAAUAAUAAUCAGAGUAAGAUUCUAAAUAGGAGCCUUUAUAAACUUAGGAGUAAGAUUAACCAAAAUAAUAAUCAUAAGAAUAAUAAUAGCAAUAGGAAUAAUAAGAAUAAUAAUAAUAAUAGCAAUAGGAAUAAUAAGAAUAAUAAUAAGAAUAGCAAUAGUAAUAAUAAUAAUAAUAAUAAUAAUAAUAAGAAUAAUAAUAAGAAUAGUAAUAAGAAUAAUAAUAAGAAUAAUAAUAAGAAUAAUAAUAAUAGGAAUAAUAAUAGAAACAAUAAUAAUAAGAAAAAAAAUAGCAAUAGUAAUAAGAAUAACAAUAGUAAUAAUAGGAAUAAUAAAAAUAAUAGGAAUAAUAAGAAUAACAGGAACAAUAGCAAUAGGAUUCAUAACAACAAGAAUCAUAGGAAGAAAAACAAUAAAUUUUGGAAUGGGAAUAACAAAAAUAUGAAUAAGAAAUACUAUUGUAAUAAUAAUUGCAACAAUAAUAUCACUUCUAGAAAUAUUUAUAAAUAUAAGAAGAAUUAAAGAAAGAACAAUUAUUAAUUUAAUAAUAAUAAUAGUAAUUAUUAGAUUAAUAUUUGAUUUCUGAAACACAAAAACUAUAAUUCCUUACUCAGAAUGCAUUAUAAUAAAAAUAAGAAGACUUACAGUAAUAAGAGGCAUCAUUAUUAGAGCUAAAUUUCGAAUAAUAUGAAUAAUAAUAAUAAUUAUUAUUAUAUCUAUAAUUGCAGUAAGAACAUUAACGUUAAUCCUAAAAACUUAUGGAAGAAGAAUAAUAACGAUUGGAAUAGUAAUAAAAAUAAUAAGCAGAAUAAGCAGAAUAAAAUUAGGUAGAAUCAGAAGUGAUGGUUCCACUCUUAAAAGCUCAGUCAGAGGGAAAAUAAUAUAAAAUAAAGAAGGAAUCUGAAGACAUUACAGCUGAAGAUAUGGAAAAUAGGGAGAAGAAAAGACUUAUUAGAAAGAAUAAAAAAAAAUAGUUGAAUGAUGAAGUUGUAAAAUGCAUUAAAUUGUAAGAAGUGUUUGAUAAAUAAACUGCUCUUGUAUCAAUUAAACAUAAAAGAUUAAUUUGUGAAUUUAUUAGUAAAAGGAUUAUGUUGGAGGAGAUCAAAAAUUAAAUUUCAGCAUUAAGAGAAGGCUCCUUUGACAUUUUAUCUAAAGAGCUUUUCUCUUACAUGGAUUGGAGAGAUCUUUAAAAACUGAUAAUAGGAGUUCCUUCAGUAGAUCGUGGAAGAUUUAUAAGCAAAUACUGA